CUUCUCCCGACGAGGGAGCAAGUGCAGCGGAAACUUUAGCAGCGCGAGUGGCUACCAGCGCCACUCAAACGAAACCCGAGUGUCUAGGGCGCGCCAGCCUUGAGCCCAGCGGUAGGACAGGCCCAGCAAUUUUCGCGACUUUUUUGUCUUUUUUCACCCGGCACCAUCACUCUUGAUAAUUUGCCACAAGAGAAGAGGAAAAAAAACUUUGUGCGUUUACAGCGUGGUGUCGCCUCUGCGGAUGAAUAUGACGACGACUACAGGCCACCCACAGGCAGCGCCGUCGAGCUCCAGUCAGCAGCAGCAGCGUCGCCAUCAUCGUAGCAGAGGGGGCAGUAGCUCUAUGGACAUGGCACAGGACCCGCGAUUCGCCAGAAUGCAAGCCAUGGCACAAAUGCAAAUGCAACAGGGGUACACGGGGUACAUUGGAGGGUACCCGCAACAACACCAGGGGACGAUGAAGCAGGGUCAGCCACAGUCGCAGAUGCGGUCAACCGCUUUUCGGCAACGCGCAGAAGCUCAGCGGAGUAACCAGCCACAGCCUCAACCUCGUCAGCCACGACUACAGCGCUCGUCGACCAACGAGAUGGUGGCAAAGCGCUCCAACUUCUCACAGAGAGACGAGGAGUUAGCUGGUCGACCAGCCAUGAUCGCAAUGAGUCAGGACGAUCUGCCAUUUCAUGUGCGACGGGAACGUCACAGUGGAGACAAAGUGGAGAACCGCACCAGACAUCGACGGCAGACGGAAGAACACCGUGGCAACAGCAAAAGCGGAGCGUUCCAUGGCAAUUGCAGGGGCAGCAGACCGGCAACUAAUGCACCAGCCAAUCAGAGUCGUCAACGCGCAGCCACCUCUGUUGAUGCCAACACGGUAGCACCAGGAGCCCGUAAACCAGAAUCAGUGUCCCGUAUCCAGGCUCCUGUACGCACGUCAGCUCCCAGUCAAGCGCAUGUACGCACGUCAGCUCCCAAUCAAGCGCCUGUACGCACGUCAGCAUCUGGCCACAGCCAGGUUCCUGUACGUACAUCGGCGCCAACUCGCAGCUCCGUUCCUGAGCCUGUAGCUUGGCGUGUGGCUGUAGACCCGAAGUCCAAGAAGCCGUACUAUUACCAUCCAAUCACCCGCGAGACGACAUGGAAGAAACCAGAAGAACUUGUCGCUGCAGAGACGCGUGAGAAGCGCCAGUUCUUCUCCGUCAUGGAGAACAAUAUCCGGCUGAAACUGCGAGAUGGCUACUACACACGCGACAGCGAGACGUCCAACUCGAGUCACAGCACGCCGGACGCAGUGCACAAGCCGCACGAGAUGUCCCCACACCUCUCGACUCGAUCGUCAGCAAGUACCGUGAGUUGCAACAGCGUACGCAGCAGUUUUUGCUCUUUCACGAGUGGAUCUGCGCGCUCUCUGCCUGGCUCAGCUCGUCAGCUUAUUAUCAGCUCAACACGGUCAUUACCGACGACUCCCGAGGGGAUGGGCGUACCCUGCAUGAUGCCGGACGAGAACCAGCCACAACAGGAACCGGAGACCGGCGAGCACAACCAGGACGGCAAGAAACGACCAUCACUCUUUAGAACUUUGUCGUCGUAUGAGACGCCAGUGGUGACGUCGUCUCGCAAGGGCAGCGACGGUAUUGAUGUGGACGAAGUUGGUCGCAGCGCGUCGACGUCUCUGGCCGCCCCGUCGCCAAUUAAAGAGCGUGUACGUCUAGCAGCUCUCGUGCCACGGGCCUCGGACUUGGAGGCUUACGCUCGUGCUGUGAGAGCGGCUAACGGCAAGGGAAGACCGUCACUUCAGGCCAUGAUGGCGGGUAGAGGCAGCUCUACGUCUGCGCUGAUGCCCACGAAAGGACCGAGGAGCAAACCUUCAGCUGCAUCCAGUGACAAGCCGCGUGCUCUUCGACGUCGCUCCAACAGCACCAACUCAAUUUACUUGCGGAUGGGGACGAUGAACGCCCCGGAUCAGGACGCCACGAUCCAGUGCGUGGCGACUGUCCUACGUGCGCAUAUGAUGGAGGCGUUGGAGGACCCGAUCCGCUCGGAUCCGCGCUUCGACGUGUUCGUGACGACCCGAGACCGUCAACGACUGGCGUCUGUGUCGGACGAACUGGACGCGGAAGCUACGACGUUUGUGGAGGUGGAGGACGACGAUGUGAUCUUGGAUGUGGUCCCCACUUUGUCGGAGAUCGCGUCCUUCAUCAAGAACGUGCUUUCCCGUGCGCAGAUGGAGUCGGAGUGCAUCAUCAUGAGUCUGGUGUAUGUGGAACGUCUACUGAAGGCAACGAGCGGGUUUCUGCAGCUGCGUGGCGAGAAUUGGCGACGCUUGGUCUUCUGCUCGAUGGUGAUGGCCUCGAAAGUCUGGGACGACUUGAGUAUGACCAACGCCGACUUCUCCAAGAUCUGGCCCGAGCUCUCACUGAAGCAGAUCAACGAGCUGGAACUCGUGUACCUGAGUGCUGUGGAGUACAAUGUGCGUGUGUCUGCAGUGUCGUACGCCAAGUACUACUUCCAUCUGCGCUCCAUGUGCGCUACCAUGGGCUUGCUGGAGCAAUUCGACGAGAGCGCGCCGCUGAACGUGGAUGGAGCGCGCAAGAUGCAGGUGCUGUCGGAGGAAUACCAGGAGCGCUCAAAACUGAUGCCGGUGCCGCGUCGUCGCAGCGUGACCAUCACGACCACGUCAGCUGCCGAGAGUAUGCAGGCCGGGGCGAACGCAGGUCGCUCUGCGGUUGGUGGAGCACAGUCCAAGACGUCGAAAGCUUCACCUGCAGCGAGUCUGGAGCAGCUGGUGCACAUGCAAGUCCGCGUGGCAGGUGGCAGCUCGUUGGGAUCGAUGUAUCGCUUGUCCUCGAACACGAACAAGCAGUGA